AGCGUCCACAGGGUGGUCCGCAUUUGGAGCGAGCGCGCGCAUUCAAGAAGUGGCCCGUGUGCGGGUCCCUGCAUCUCCUCCUCCCCCAUGCCCUUCCAACGCUACCUCGACCCCUACCCCCUCCCCGACCCCGACCCCAUCUUCAGCACCAAUGUCCACUUCCAGUUCCCCGCCGCCAUCUCCGGCGCACCCACCCUCGCCCCCGGCGGCGGCGCAGAGGUCCUCCCGCCCGGCUACCUCCCGCCCGCCGCGUCCGCCAGCCCCAUGACCGCCUCCUGGUGGUCCAACACCCCGUACGAUAGGUAUUCGCACGACUUCGCGUCCAAUGCCGCCCUCCCAAAGUACCACCAGCACGUCUACCACCACCCGCCCACGCACCCGCCCUCCUACCAGCCGCCCACUGCGCCCGACCACUCGGCCUACGCCCCCGCCCGCCUCGUCCAGACCCCCGUCUCGGCCACCCGCAGCCCCUACCCCGACCCCGCCCCGCUCCCCAUCGCCCUCCCGCCCUCCCACGGCCUCCCCGUCUACUCCGCCUCCGGCUUCGACUUUCUCUCCCUCCUCAGCCGCGUCGCCAACCGCCUCAACCCCAAGAUCCACCUCGGUCCCGUCGACAUGUCCUGCUCCUUCGUCGUCGUCGACGCCCGCCGCUUCGACUACCCGCUCGUCUACGCCUCGCCCUCUUUCUGCAACCUCACAGGCUACUCCGAGCACGACGUCCUCGGCCGCAACUGCCGCUUCCUCCAAGCACCGGACGGCAGAGUCCAGCGCGGCGAGCCCCGCCGCCACACCGCGCCCGAGGCCGCCCACGCACUCAAGCUCGCCUGCGCCAGCCACAAAGAGUACCAGACGAGCAUCAUCAACUAUCGCAAGGGCGGCCAGGCCUUCAUCAACCUCGUCUCCAUCAUCCCUGUCCCCGACGACCAGGACGAGAUCGCCUACUAUGUCGGCUUCCAGGUCGACCUCGCCGAACAGCCCAGCGCCAUCUUGCAAAAGCUCCGCGACGGCUCCUACAUGGUCGACUACUCGCGCAGGGCACCGUUCAGCCCUCCCCACGCCCCCGUGCAGCGCAACUGGCGGACUGCCUCCGCGGCCAUGUCUGGCGUGUCUCACGACCUGCUCACCCUCCUCUCCGAUGCCGACUUUCUGGGCACCUUGCCUUCCGCGCUGCCCGGGAGCUCCGGCAGCGGCGUGGUCCACUCAAGUGCAAGCGUGGCGCCGGUCACCACGGCAUCGUCCUCCGCGACCGAACAGCCAGUAGACCCAUACGACAGCAACAAGCCACUCAACCUACUCCUCCUCGCCGCCUCCCCCGACUUUGUCCACGUCGUGUCCCUCAAGGGCGUCUUCCUGUAUGUCUCGCCGUCCGUGCGCGACGUGCUCGGCUACGAGCCCUCCGAGCUCGUCGGCCGCUCCCUCGCAGAGUUCUGUCACCGCGCAGACGUCGUCCCGCUCACGCGCGAGCUCAAGGACAGCUCCGUCACCCCCGGCCCCGGCACUCCCGCCGCCGUCACCCUGCGCGCAGGCCGCAGGAAGGUAGACCUGCUCUUCCGGAUACGCACCAAGCGCGGCGACCUCGUUUGGCUCGAGUGCCGCGGGCGGCUGCACGCGGAGCCAGGCAAGGCCCGCAAGGCGAUCAUCCUUUCUGGCCGCGUCCGCAGCAUGCCGCAGCUCGAAUGGGGCCCUGUCGCGCGCGCGGGCGGUCUCGCGCCUGCCACGACAGUGGUCAAGCGCGACCCCGAGAGCGGCGAGGAGACGCGAGUGGAGGAGCAGCACGAGUUCUGGGGGCUCGUCAGCACGGGCGGGACGUGGCUCUUUGCCGCGCACGCGGUUGCGGACGUCCUCGGCUGGGGCGCGACAGAGGUCAUCGGGCGGAUGGUCAGCGAUUUCAUCGGCGGGGUUGCGCCGCCGGAGGCGCAGCGCGCGCUGGGGGAGGCCCUCGCGUUGGUGAGCGGACGCGCGGCGCAGGCUGGCGGGGAGCACAUGUUGCCGGAGUCGCGUGCGGUCAACUGCGACAUGAAGCGCAAGGAUGGGACGCAGAUCCUCGUCCGCGUCACUUUCUACCGCCCACCGGAUGAACGGGCGACGCACCAUCUCCCUCGCGGCUCGCCGCCACCACGCCCCGUCGUCUGCCAGGUGCGCCGCCUCGACGUCGACGCCCUCGCGACGAUGCCUGGCGCGCGCCUCAUCCAUUCCGGCGCAGAGAACGUGUUCGACGAGCUCAUCGCGCGGCGCGAGAGCAGCUGGCAGUACGAGCUGCAGCAGCUCAAGUUCGCGAACGAGCGGCUGCGAGAGGAGGUCGAGUCGCUCGAGAUGGCCGUUGACGGCGCGAUGCAGCAGCAGCGCAAGCGGCACCGGCAGGAGCACCAGCAGGCCGCCUCAAUGCCCGUGGCGGUCCCUUCGCAGGCGUCCACCUCUUACUCGCACUCGCACAUGACGAUGGCGCCCUUGCCGCAGCUGUCUGACAUGGGUCCGUCGUACGCCGGGCCCUCGUCCAUGGAUCAGCAGCAAGGAUGGCAUCCCUCAUAUUCUUACGAUACUGUCCGUCAACGGGUUCCAUCAUCACAGGUCGCGUCCUACACUAGGCUGCCUAUGAAACGGCGGUGGGAUGGCUCUGCGGACGACGAACCGACUUGAUUUUUACUGUACUUUCGCUUUCACGCAUGUUGUCGCACUUGCUUUCAUACUGCUAUCGCAUACACAAGAAAUGUUCGGAUUGUACUUUGCACGGGGAUAUGCAUGCAUGAACAAUGA